CCAAGAGAAUCUAAAUUAGUUUUUCCAAUUGACAAAGUUGAUGUGGGGCUGCAGACUUCUCUUGAUGAUAAUGUUGGAGAGAAUUCUGUUUUAUUCACCUGUAGUAAUUGUAAAAGCAGAGCACAACUUGAGGCCAACGAGACUGACAAUAACUCAAACCUACAGUUAGUACCGUUUGAAUGUCCUGGGUCUGUUGAUAGGCCAAAGAAACAAGUGCUCAAAGCAGUAGAAAAGGUUUUGGCAGAAUCUAUAAGGAGAGAAAUGGCACUUGAAGAGUUUUGUGCCAAGCAGAGUUCUGAGAUAUUGCAGCUUAAUCGCCUGGUGGAACAGUACAAGCAUGAGAUCGAAUGCAAUGCUAUAGUUACACAGACAAGGGAAGAUAAAAUUCUUCGUCUUGAGAGCCUCAUGGAUGGUGUUUUACCCACUGAAGAGUUCAUGGCAGAAGAACUAGUGGCUCUUAACCAUGAACACAAGUUGUUAAAGGAUAAGUACGAGAAUCAUCCAGAAGUUUUGGAAAUGAAGAUAGAGUUGAAAAAGGUGCAAGAUGAAUUGGAAAAGUAUCAAAAUUUCUAUAAAUUUGGGGAGAGAGAAGUGCUGAUGGAAGAGAUACAAAGUUUGAGAAGCCAGCUUCAAUUUUAUAUUGAAUCUUCAUCAACAUCAUCAAGGAAGCAAUAUCCUCUAUUGCAAUUGACGUUGUCUUCUGAUCCCAGUACGGCAGCAACCCUCGCUGCCAUUCCAGAGUUGACAGAUGAGAGAGAGAAUACAAACGAAAUUCUAGCAUCAUCCAAUAACGAUAUUGAAGCAAUGGAAAUUCUAGAAUCCUCCAAGAACAAUAAUGAAGCAAAAGAAAUUCUAGCAUCAUCCAAGAAUGAUAUUGAAGCACAAUUUGAACAAGAAAGAAUUAAAUGGACUGAGGCAGAAAGCAGGUGGAUUUGUCUUUCUGAAGAACUUAGAGCUGAGCUUGAAAGUAGCAGGUUGCUAUCUGAAAAGAGGAAGCGGGAAUUAGAUGCUGAGAGGCAGUGUACUCAGGAGCUUCAGGAAGCCAUGCACAUGGCUAUAGAAGGGCAUGCAAGACUUUUAGAACAAUAUGCUGAUUUGGAAGAGAAACACAUCCAUUUGCUUGCAAGGCAUAGACAGAUCCAAGAAGGAAUUGAGGAUGUCAAGAAAGCGGCUUCCAGAGCAGGAGUAAGAGGUGCAGAAUCUAAGUUCAUAAAUGCCCUUGCUGCUGAAAUUUCAGCGUUAAAAGCGGAAAGAGAAAAAGAACGAAGAAUCUUAAGGGAUGAAAAUAAAGGGCUUCAGUCACAGUUGAAGGACACUGCAGAAGCAGUACAAGCUGCUGGUGAACUGCUUUUGCGGCUUAAAGAGGCUGAAGAAACUGUCACUGCUGCACAGAAACGGGCGAUGGAUGCAGAACAGGAAGCCGCCAAGGCCUACAAACAAAUUGACAAGUUGAAGAAGAAACAUGAGAAGGAGAUCAUCACAUUUAAUGAGCUCCUUGCAGAAGCACGUUUACCGAAGGGAUCGGUACGACCAACUUAUGAUGACGAUGUUGUCAUGCCCAGUUAUGACGACUCAAAGGAACAAAACCGUUUUAAUGAUCAGUUUGAGCCAUUUCAUAAUAAUGCAGAGUACGGCGAGCUUGCAAAACUAGCAGAACCAUCAUGGUUCUCUGGUUACGAUAGAUGUAACAUAUAAAUAUAUCAUCUCAUUACAGUGUGUCAUUUGUAUUAAUUUGUCCAUAUAUGAUUUGAAAAAAAGGUUGUAUUCUUUCGUUCUUACUUUUUGUGAGCAUAAACGAGUUUCCCUCCCCAUAUAUCUCCUUGCAGAAGCACGUUGAGUAGACACAAUAUUUACCCGAUAUCGAUUGUCGGUUGCAAAGUCGAUGAUGCAGCUCUUCAUUCUUUGUUAUUCUUAAUUCCAAUUUAUGAAAUU